UGAUCUCGCUGUUUCACCUGUUCACUUGGGAGCGUUGUGAAACCUAGGACAGCCGAGGUAAGCAGACCUCAAUAGCGACUUUAUGGAAUACCGAUCCUGGUAUAAAUCCCGGAAUUUAUCUUAUCCUAGUGAUAUAGGACUGGUUCUUGGACAGGCUAUCUGCUGCUUUCAGCCAAUCAGCAGAAGCCUUGAAAAGUGAACCCCCACCCUUUGCCCUGUGCGAUGCCUAAGAGUGACACGUGGCCAGGUGGCAUUGCCAUGGAAACGAUGACCAGCAUGGACAGUGCGGGAAGCUGUGACAGUGUGGUCAGCGCCAACUCUGGCUUUAGCGACGACAGCCUGGAGCAUCUGUCCGCCGAAGAGCGGGCAUGUCUCAUGUUCCUGGAGGAGACCAUUGAGUCCCUGGAGGCUGAGGAGGACAGUGGCCUGUCCAACGAUGAGCCCGAUCACCUGCCCGCCCCGGGGAGCCUGGCCGCCAAGGUGGCGAAUCUCUCCUCGUCCGUGAUUCACAACAAGCUGGAUGAUGUGUCAAGAAAUCCCUACGACGAUCCUGUAAGUGAUGCAGAUAAGGACCACAAGCCGCUCCACAGCUACCUUGUCCCCACUCCGCUGGUGCUGGCAAACAGUGGCUGCGCAGUCCUACCUAAACCCAAGCCCGAAGCAGACCCUUCACCGGCCCUCUCCACCUGUCUGACUGACCUACCCCCUGAUAGAGUGGAUCUGGUCUUCCCGCCCAGUAACACCAGCCCCAACAGCAAGCCCAGCAAGGGACACCAAAGGGUCCCAUCUGAGGUUAACGUGGUGGUGAUCCCCCCUCCGUCAGACUUCAGGGAUGAUCCAGUCGAAGUGGAAGACCGCCAGGGAGACAGGAUGACCGUGUCCAAGGGGCCGUUGACCUCCGAUGAGCUGGCACAAAUGCGCAAGAGGGCCUCCCUGAAGAAAGCUCCUCAAGCUUCCCCUGAGAUGAAACACACAGUCAAGCCACUCCCUAUUGACCUGUCCCGCAAUGGUAGCGCCCCUCCUUCUCCCUCAGAGGCCCAGCCCGCACCCCUUCACGAGUCCAGCGAGCCAAAGAUGAGCCCGCCCGCCGUGGCGCCCAAACCGAAGAGGCUGCCCUCCAACAUCAUUCUGAAGACCCACAAGGCCCCCGUCCAUGGCACGGACGCCGGUGCGAGCCAGGCCUGCACGUCGCCCGGUGAGAGGGUCAUGAUGGACCCGCAGAAGGUGAGGAUGGAGGCGCUGAGGAAGCUCGGCCUGCUGAAGGAGGACGAGGCAGACUCUGGUCCCCCCGCCCACAGCCCCCUUCACUCCCCCAAAACCCGCAUGUCCUGGGGGGCGUCCCCUGCCCCGGUCAGCCCCAUCUCCACUGACCCGCCCCGCGGCGAAACGGCCAAAGCCCCGCCCUCGCCGUCCCCUCCGCCCUCUCUGAAGGAGGCCCAGGAUCCUAGAAUAAGCAGAGGGCACCGCGAGCGCUCACAGAGCGACCUGCCCACUGCCAGCAGACCCUCCGUCACAAACCCCCCGGGGGUUAAAUCCGCCACUCUGGAGCGAUCGGGCAUGGGCCUGAGCGGCAGCUCGGCUAGCCCCCCUUCCUCUGACCAGGAUAAGAUCCCGCCCGGGACCGCCAUGGAGCGCUCCCCCUCCCAGCUGCGCCACACUCGGCCCCGCCCAGCCUCUCUGGGGAACGGGAAGGACUUCAGCGUCAUCCAGGGCGACGCCCCCCAGCCGGCCGCCGCCGCCCCCAAAGCCCCAGAGGCAGGGGACGGCAGCCGGUCACUGCCGAGCUUCGUCGCCCCGCCCCACUCCAGCUCCCACAAGCUCCCACGCUCCCAGGGCAUCAGCGUGCUGAUCACCCCCCGCAGCAAGACGGGCGAGGACCGGCGCGAGGCACUGCGCAAACUGGGACUGCUGAAGGACUGAGAGCCGGGGCACGUGCGGGGUGUGGCCACCGCUCACAGGGACAGCCAGUGACGAGGUGGUGCACCGUGACUGUGGGACGUCUGUCCCCACUGACCUAUUUACUGCCUUCACCGACGCUCACCAGAGAGGUGAGAGCCACAGAACUUGUGCAUAUGUACAGAAGAGGUGCCUUUUACUUUGACGGCACCACACUGCUGUCUGCCAGACUGCCUUGGGUGCACAACACGUAUUGUUUAAGAUGUAGAAGUAUGUAAAGUAUGUAUAGCAUUUGUUCGUUACACCUGUUGCACCUCGUCUUGUCUAUGUAUGUACAAUCAAAUGUUAAAUCAAAAAUUUCCUAAAUAAAUAAGA